UGUCGCUGUAAAGAAUAGACGUCGCUAUUUACAUAACGUCGCUAUUUCCAAAAAAAAAAGGAUUGCUACUUUUUGGACGAAAAAUAUAAAAGUCAUGAUGCCCGCAGUUAAGAUUUUUAUCUUUUUGAUGGCUGCACUUAUUACCAGCAAAGCACAGAGACCUUUUUAUGCUGGUCUUAGGCCAAUUGGAUUUCCGGAAAUAGAGACCAAUGAUGUGUUACUUAACAGAUUCGGUGAAGAUGUACCAGGCCCGAUUGAAGCUAAGGGAGACGGGAAUCUAAUUAACAGACUGAAUAAAAUGCCGAUUGAUAAGAGACCAUUUUGGUUCCUUAACUGGCAGGCAUACGAUGAUUUAAGAAAGAAUCCUCAAACUUGGCCCUUAAAGCCUAACACAUUCAUUAACAGAAAUUGA